AUGCCAGGCCCGCCGCUGCUGGCCACAGACUUGGCAGACCUGUACCGGCGCAUCUACCGCGCGCAGUUCAAGGCAGAUGUCGCAGCGGGCAACAAGGUCCCGUUCUUGUUGCACUUGGUUUUCUGGGGUGUGUUUAUCUUGCCCAUCCUCUAUCUUAGCAUCCCGCACAAGCGCCGCCCAUGGCUGUAUCAUGCUCGGUGGAUAGUGCUUGCCCUUUGCACCAUGAUCAAUGCAUGGGUGAUACGAAACGUUGCAAGUUCGAACUUUGCGUUUUCGUAUGGUACCGGUAUAUGCGCCGCUUGGGGUACGGUCUGGAAUUUUACAGUCUUGGUUUGGACAAGGCCGCAGUGGGAUGCGAGAAGAAUCGAGAGGUAUCCCAAUCCGAGAUAUCAGAAAUUGGUGGAGGGUAGCCAGGAUGUUGAUCACAAUGAUGCAACAUCCAUUCUGGCGUCGGGAUCAGACGGUACCUUGAGCAACGGGCAUAGCAAUAUCGCGUCAAGGAAGUUACAGAACCAGAAGAUAGCAAACGGCCAGUUUGUCCAGAAAGAUGUGGUCCGAGAGGAGCAGAAAGAGACGCGGAAAAUGAUCAGUUAUCUCGAAAUGAACAUGGGGAAGUCAACUCACAACAGCCAACUCUUGUCUGUAGUCGACUUCGAUCGGUUGAAUAAGAGGCAGCCCUUCAUUUAUAAAUGGCAGAGUUUUCCUGAGGAUGCCCCUUUUCUAAAGCGUCUGGAUUGGGCUUUCGACAUUGGGGCCACCAUGCGAUUGACAGGCUGGAAUUGGGCAAUUCACGUCUUGCCUCCUUACAGGCCUCCUCCCUGGUUCGACGAGACAAUGACUUACCAAAUGCCCCUCCACUUCCUCCCAGACAGCACUCGUCAAGGUUACACGCGCUGUCGAACUAGGAUGGAAUUUCUCAGGAACCGGAUUUUAUUUGGUAUUGUCCCGUGUUAUCUUCUGGUCGAUAUUUGUGCCACGAUCAUGACUCAAGACCCUUAUUUUAUCCUUGGGCCUAACGACCUGCCUCUUUCAGCCGGGCUAGGCGACAUGAGUCCCUUCUUGCUGUCUCUUCGUAGAACCUUGCUGUCGUUCGUCGCGGUCAUAGUUGCUCUGCGUCUAGCUUGGGACUUCGGUGCCGUUCUAUUGGCUCUAUUGGGGCCGCCAGUCAUCGGAUUUCGUGCUGAUCCUUGGCACUUACCGUCCAUGACUGGUUCUUUCAUGCAAGUAUUGGAUCGUGGAUUGGCGGGUUUUUGGGGAAGCUGGUGGCACCAGACGUUUCGUUUCGGCUUCGCGGCGCCUACCGAGUGGAUGAUCCGGAACGGAUAUAUUGAGAAAGGAUCUACUCCCGCAGCAGUUGUCGGCGCCCUGGUUGCAUUUGUGACGUCCGGCUUCCUUCACGCCAUGGGAAGUUACACCACUAUCCCAAAGACGCAUUGGUGGGAACCACCGGUCUUUUUCUUUCUUUCUGGUGUCGGAACGCAGUUGCAGUCUGUGUUAUCGAAGAAAUUUAGGAAAAGCAUCGGUAAGAUGCCUCGAUUUAUACGGAGAGCUGGCAACUUAUUGUUCACAUUUGCGUGGCUACAUUUGACCUGUAAAUUUUUGUUGGACGAUUUUGGGCGAUGUGGAAUAUGGUUGUGGGAGCCCAUUCCGUUUUCGUUUGCCAGGUGGUUAGGAUAUGGCAUUGAUGGAGCCUCUUGGUGGCGGUGGACCAACGAGGACAAUCCUCACUGGCUUUCUGGCAGGCACUGGUGGGAUACUGGUAUCGGCAUAUAA